UCGUCUAGUGUUCGAGUCAUUGAUUGAUACUCCUGGGCUGGGGGUGCCUUGUUAACGGGUUUGUCAGAGACGGCGGCAGUCGAGCAGUCCACCACCUUACGCGUCAGCUGCAUAAACAGGCGCUCUUGUUAAUCAUACAGAAUGUCCAACUACUUUGACUCGUCUGCCGUCUUGAGGACGCGAAGUGUGACGCCAAUGAACGGAGCUCCGGAGAUGUCCCAGAUCCUGCCGUACGUCACGGACAAGACGGUUUCCCGCCACAUGGGGAGCCUGGGGCGUUCCAUGGACUUGGGGCAUGCCAAAAGCUACUUUAACCCUGCCAGAAACACAGUUUACUCUCGGUACUCCCCCAAUGAUUGGUCCAUGUCCAACCAGCUGAAUUACAACCAGUCAGAUAAAGAGAGGGCAUUCGCCGAGCGGCUGAGGGCCGAUACCUGGCGGGCAGUGAAGGAAACUGACGCCCGUACUCGCAACCGGCAAACCGAUGUCACCAAGAAGCUAGGGGAGAGAGUAUACGAUAUCAUGUUUUUCAAGAAGGAGCUUAACUGUGAGAUAAACAACAUGUCGAAUGAAAUAGAGGACUUGAAGGAACACAAACGUGUCUUAGAGAGGGCUCUGGCUGACACCGCCAACCCUCUUCACAUCUCUGAAGAAUGUCUAAUGCACAGAGAGAAGAGGCAGGGGAUUGACUUGGUCAAUGAUGACGUGGAAAAAUGUCUCGUGCGGGAGGUAGAUACUAUCAAAAAAUGCCAAAAUAAGAUGAAGAAAGUUUUGGAAAAGGCCCACGUGCAACUGAAAUUGAACCGUGCUGCCCAGCACAGUCUAGAGAUCGACUCCAAGGAUAAGCACCACGCACAGAACCUCGAUGACCGGAUGCAGCAACUGCGGAACACCUCGGCUGGCAUUGGCUAUAGCCAGGGAAUUGAAAACAUCGACAACACGAUCACCAUUCCCGAGUCCUGGGCCAGAUACACACAAGCCAACAUCGCCAGGUCACAGAAGGAACGUGCCAACUCAGAGCGCCUGCGUGGUGAGAUCGACCAUUGCCUCCGCAGUUGCGCCAACGAGAUGUGGAGUCAGUUCAAUGCAGUGAACAAUAACUUCAAUACAAGGAUCCGAGAAGCCACAGAUGCUAGAAACAAACUUCAAUCCCAUCUUCAAAGAACAAUGCAGGAGAUCUUUGACAUGGAGAAGAACGUUGACCUAUUGAGGAAGGCGAUCCAGGAUAAGGAGUAUCCAAUGAAGGUAGCGCAGACCCGAUUGGACGAGAGGACCAGGCGCAUCAAUGUGGAGUUGUGUAAUGACCCAGUCAUGAAGACGCUCCAGAGGGAAAUCAGUGAAAUCCGAGAGUCUGUACGCAUCCUGAAGGACCGUCUGAAGGCGUCGGAACUCUCCUUGGCCCGACUUGUGAAGACCAAGGCGACUCUGGAGCAUGAUAUCUCUGUCAAGGAGAACAGUCUGUCCAUUGACAGUAAGAUGUGCAUGGGCAUGAGGAAGGGAUUCCCCAUGGACCCCAAAGUUGGCCCCAUCUACACCAUGCCUGUCAACGCUUAAACGACCAUUACUGUUCUAACCGUCAUAUCAGAAUACGAAUGGGUUCUAGUUCCUAUUCGAUCGAUUAGCAGACUCAUGUUUAUUAAUAUGCCUUCUUAGGGGAGAAUAUAGUAAUAUGCCAAUGACAAUACAUCUGUACAUUCUUUGUGGAAUGAGCUUUGUUUAAUACAACAUUUUUCUCUUGGGGAUAGGUAAAACUUUACCUCUUUGACUGUUCGAAUGAAAACCUUUAGGUGCUUUUAAUGUGUAACCAACAUUAAAAAGCUUCCAUGGUGCGAACAGUUCAAUAUCAUAUGUUGUUUUAACGGAGCAAGACCAUACCUUAAGGCUAAUGGAGGUUUUGAAGUUUCGGGGUAGAAAUUGGAUAGAUAUAUGGUAACAAGAAAGGAUUGCUGCUGUGUUUUUAAAUUAAGCCUUUUCAACCAGAACAUAGCCCAAAGCUUCAUAUGUUUUGUUCACAAUCACCAGAAUAUGUUGACAUACUUUCAUAUAGGUUUUUACUUGAUUGUUUGCAUAUCAUACACUGUGAUAUUUAAUUUGUUUGUAAGGUUUUGUUCGUCUUUAUCCGUGAAGAAGACGUGAUAUUCAAUACCUAUCAGUAUUAUCAGUGGCGACUUUUCUUCUAAUCAUAGUUGCUUUAUAUUUUCGAAAUGUAAAUAUAUAUAAAUAUGUUAUGUUGUC